UUCGGAAAAUAAUUAUUGUGAUUUGCAAUUUCAAUUUGAGAGCAACACCUAUUCUCACUGGGGAUCAGUUUUGCCAUUCAACUCGCCUGUGAGCCAUGCAAACCAGAACCGUGCAAAGUUGAAACCCGUGUCACAAGUCAAAGUCGCCACCUUUCCGUGCCGAUUGGCAAACCGAUAGACGUGCCUUGGAGGAGAACAUAGGGCAAGGCGUUGUAUUCCAAGAUAGCUGCAAACGAGAGUCAGUUAGAGGAGAAAAGGACAAUAAAUCCGGUUGCUCUCAAGCCACACGUGAGCGGUCCAAAGAAGCUGAGUGACGAUACGUUCAAUUGGAGAGGUAAUCAGCCCACACGUUCAGAGUGGGCGGAGGUGCAGGCUGGAGGUAGUAGUGGUACGCCUCACGAAUCAUCAUGUCUUGUUCGACCGUCGUGGAGCUAGACACGGACAUACCCACUGACCGUGGCACGCUGGGCAAAGGACGCAUGAUCUUCACCGGUCCACAGGGUACUCGAGAUCAUCGCAUGACCCUACUGGACGGUACACACACCGGAGAAGGGUUUGAAACACCGGAGAAGACGUCAGACCUCAACUACUUGCUACGUGCGUCGGAGGAUCACAUACCUAGCCGCAAGAGCCAGUCCGUGCCGUUCGGUUCCAUCGGAUGGGGAAUUCCCAAGAAGCAGGACUUCAGCGUCAUGGACUCAGGACAUCAGAUCAAGAUUGGCGAGGCAGGACCUUUUCGCCAGCGCAACGAGGAUCGGUAUACUCAUCGUCUUCAGGAGCCGUACUAUCCGACGCAUGCACCCGAUUCGGACAGGUCAACUUCUCGACAAUCAAGUCGGCCGAGCAAGAAUUCUGCUCGUCCAGUCAGCGGUGCAUCUCAUGAAAGCCGUCCACAGUCGUCCAAGAACAGCUCUCGCGCACCCAGCACAAUUAACUUGAGUGCAGGCGACUCGGGACCAACCUAUUGAUCUCAAGUAAUGCAUGUAGUGGAGGUGAACGAUUUUAAGAAGUUGAUGGAUACAGUAGGUAGGCACCAAGAGUACGCCAGUCGCUGUGAGGUGAGAUGGCAGCUCCUGACUGGAAACGUGGCGACUACCUGAAUUGAAAGCAUCGAUGCAGAAGUGCGCUGCUGCCAUGAGACUUGAUACGCCGUCAUCUCAGGAAUGCGUGCCGUGGUGGUUAAACUUGCCUGAUGAGAGCAUCCAGCGGUGGUGGAUAUUGGAUACGCUGCUAUUCUCGGAUUUAUGGAUAAGAUGCAAAUAGGCGAGUGGUGCAGCACCUGGUGAAUUGCGCAGUGAGCGGGAUGAAUGUCCGGUGCUGCAUUUUCGCCAGAUUAAAUUUAGUUCAGCUCCUUUAUAGAAAGUUUCCCACUUAUUUUCUUACUACUCAUCCUAGUUUUUCUAAGAUCACUGUCAAUGUAUUGCAUGGUGAAGCUUUGAGGGUCACUCGACCCACCUUGCACGCUGCUGCUGAUGAUCUGGAUUCAUUCAACUAUGUAAAUACUAAUUAAUUGAUUGAGAAAUGAGUUCGAGUUUGCAGAGUGAAUGUGAAGAGAGCGAGUCUGCUCUGAAACCUUUUUUUUCCUAAUUU